UCUUAUUUCUACAGGUUGACAUUGUUAUUUUCAAUCCUAUACAGAGUAAACUGCGUUUAUCUAAAAGCGAUUCUCUAUCGCACAUGCUGAUUGCAUGGGAAGAGAAACUCUUAAUAAGGAGUAACGGAAGCUGAAUUUCGAAAGUUGUUUAUAUUAUCGGAAUUGAGAACAAAAUGGAAAACGCUUUAUUUAAAAGUCCUCGUUAUUGGAAUUCACAGACCAAUACUAUGACAGAACAGGAAGUUGAAGCGUUGAUUCAAUGUCGAGAAGAAUUAGCAGAAACUAUCGAUCCGAUGUACGUUGCCAUUGUCAUGCGAGACAAUAACUGUUUACAGGAAGAGGUCCUUAACGAAGUAAUAGCCUCUCAAAAGCGAAACUCUUUAGAAGAAAUGCCAUUUAGUGUGUUGUUUUCUCAUCUUCCUUCAAAUGUGAGUCUUUCGAAAUUUGUCCAAAACCUUGACAUGUGUGGAUACAAAAAGACUGCGGCUCGACUGUUUCUGACAUUCUUAAAAAUAAACAAUGAAGUUGUGACUCAUGUAAGCAAAACAGCUGCCGGCCAGAGACCUAUGGUACAUAAGUUUUUCAGAAAUCUUAAGCGAAUGGUGCAUGACGCUCAGUUUAAAAAUCCUAGAACAGCUCUAAGGGAACUGGCAUUGCGAUAUGUUGAAAAAAUGUCUUCAGAGAGGGACGAUAUGAAAAGACAAAUGCUUGCAGACAAAUGUAUAGCUGUAAUCGGUGCAGAGAUUGACGCUAUUGCUAUUACGUUCGACACCAGUCUUCACCGAGGAGAACCUUUUACUCAGAUGAAGUCACUGACUACCGAAACCAGCAACACACUAAUAACAGACGUAGUCUACUUUGGCCGCCUUGCCAAUGCCCAUUCAAUAGCUGGACGGUUUGAUGAUAGCGAGAAUAUGCUACGGGCAGCAAGGUGUAAGGCUUACAAUAUUGGCCCAUGUUUAGAAUUAGUGAACAUGCUUUACAUUGAGGUGUACGUACGGCUGUGGCAAUUUGAGCACAAGCCAUCGAAAGAGCUGAGACAGGCACUUCUGAUGUGGGGUAGAAUUGGGCUAGAAAGUCUUGAAGAAGAAGAUGUCGACACCAAAAGAUUGUGGAGGAGAAUGUUCAUACUCAGAAUGGUCUUUUGUCUUUUGGGUCUUGGAAAUCGGGCAAACUUAAUAACAAAUUGUCCUGUAGAUGAGGCUUGCAUGCAAGAAGCAAGGGAUUUACUUUCUGAUGUAUACAAAAAUUGGUAUGGGAUCGAAGCUAGGCGAAAAAUGUUUUAUUUUGUUGCCAGAGCAAGACUGCUAGAGCUCGACGGUCAGUUCACUGGAUGCUUGGAAACAUUAGCAUGCGCUAAAGUCGUUGCUGAGGAAGGACAUUUUGAAGAAAAGCGAUUUAUUGUAGACUUUAUUGAUAAAGUAAAAGGGAACGUGUACGCGUGCAUUCGACCUAAAAUAACUCAGUGUAGUGAAACCUUCCUUUCAAGAAUGAAUGACCAAAAUCAAACUGAUAGACUGGAAAACACAACCGUGCAUGACCAAAAUCAAACGGGUAGACUGGAAAACACAACCGUGCAUGACCAAAAUCAAACUGAUAGACUGAAAAACACGACCGAACAUGACCAAAGUCAAUUUGGUAGACUGGAAAACACGACUAUUCCAACGAAGCAAGAAUGUUAUCCACCGACAUUGGAAAUUGCAGGAUACAAUGAAGACAGGAACUUUGUUUUAACAAGUUCACCAGUGUCGCCAAUCCUUGAGAUUCAAAAUCAGACUGAAAACGGUGUCAUUCUAUUUGAAAAUCAAUCCCAUGAGUAUGCAGACAAUUGCUAUAAUUGGGCAUACUCUCCGUGCGCAGCAAACAUUGAAAAGAAUAUGUUGUUGUUUCAAAGAAUUGAAGACAAAGCACUCGAGGAAAGAGACAGGACAUAUGCAUUUUUUUCUUCAAAUAUAAAAUCAAGAAAUUCAGAGUUGCAGAAGGUUGGCGUUGGAAGAACUUACGAAAAGCAAGCACAUUCAGGCGACGAUCAAAGGUGUCGAUAUUUGAAUUCUUCUUUGAAAAUGAAUCGACUUAAGUCUCUAACAUUUUCAUCUGGAAGCCCCAAUGAUGAAAUAGAAAAUGUCUCUGUUUCCAGAGAAGAAAGGCCUUCUGAAAGCAUACAGAUUUCCGUGACUAACACAGUUGGUGAACCAAACGUAUAUUCUGCAGGUCGUUUCUUGAACCAAUCAUUUCAGAAACUACAAUCUCCUUAUCCUACGGACAUAAUUCAAUAUGGCCAGUCGGAAUCACCAAACUACCUCAUGUUUGAUUCUUCGAUCGUCGAAGAAGGACAUAUUGUCCGUGCAGGCAAAACCCAUAACGAGCCAUUUGAACGUCUAAAAUCUCCAUCGCUUUCUGGCGUCGUGGAAUGUAAUUACGGGAACGGACCACCCAAAGGCUCAACUUCACCUGAAAACAGUAGCAAUAUGCUAGCAUGUGAUGUUAAGUUUGACAACUCCUUUCGUCGUCUUUUGACUCCAACACAUACAGACCUCAACGAAGUCGAACAGACACAAUGUCCACGUGAAGAAUUUACGUUUGAAUCUCCAUCUUUUCACGGAGGGUUACUACAAACCGGCUUCAAUUGUCGUCCGGAGUUAACUGGUCAGUCGGAUUCUAGAGAGUACUUUGUUCCUCAUAGUUCACUAAGACACCAUCCAGUAGGGAGGGACAGUGCGGGAGAUACGAUCCUGGGCCUUAACAAUGACACAGAAAGCAAGCUGCAAGAUGCUGCGAGAGACGAUGUGGAGUCAAUUAAAAGCGAAGAUAUGUUUGGAUAACCAUGGGUUAUAUUGAUCAAUAAUAGAUCAAUCGUUCAGUAUUGUGUUCAAGUUAACAACAUUUUUGACGUGAUUGUUUUUAACUUUUAAAUUCGGUUUUGAACUGCAGUAUGUUAUGUCUGUGUCAGUUGUACUUGUUGUAUUUACAUAUAUGGACAUAUCAUUAACUAGUUCACGUUUCAAUGUUAAUUACGAUGUCGUUUAUCACGUUGCUAACUUUAACAAUGAGUUCUGAACAAUCGGCCAAAUGUGUGUUUAAAUUAUCUAAUUUUGGACAUUUUUGAUAAGAGACAUACAUUUUGCUAGUAUACAACUUAUGGGCAUAUCGGUAACAUUAUUUUCGCCAUUAAAUCAUUAAAUCUAUAUUAAGAUAUAAUUUGACAUAAUGAAUUGCGUUAAUAGACACGAUAUAAUACUGAUUUAAGUCAGUCCGACUACGUAAUUUAGCUGGUUUAACAAUAACUGCUAAAACUUAUGACUAUAAGAGCAAUACCAUAUUCAGUUCAGGAAGUUUAAGUUCUUAUUUAAUGCGGUCAAUACACAUGCAGUUGCUUUUGUUCUGCAAGAAAAUAACUGUUCACCGGAAAAGGUCAUUAAAAACUUGGAAUGAAAGUCUA